CCGUGCGAGUUACGACGGGUGUUUUUGUUUAUACGCGAUCCCGAACGGCCCGGACAAAAAAUCAUAUCGUAUUAACCAGUCAGUGGCGUAAAACGUCUUGCAACCCAACGGACAGUCGACACGCGUAGGAUCGCACGAACCAAGGACUCGUUUUUUAUACAUUUUUAAAGCACUCAGGACUUGAUUUUAAUCAUCACUUUUAACACAAAAUAACUCAAGACAAAAACGACGAAAAAGAUGAAAGGACCGGUACACUUUACAUUCGACUGUCAUCAUCCGGGUUACUUGUUAUGGUACCAAGAGAAGUACUCUGACGUACAUCUACAUCCGAGGGAUGUAAUGCACGAGAUGCUCGAACUACCGCGAGUAGUUUUGAAUCCCGAAUUAGCGGAAAAACUUUGGGAAGAUUGUAAGAAGAUGGAAAGGUUAGGAGUUAUUAAAACUUCUACUUGCAAAAACAGAUAUUCAAGUGAAGAUCCUGAAGAAUUUGAACAACUCAUAUCAGAUAUUGUAAAGAGUAACAUUCUAGACAAUUCAUAUAUUAAAAGUGAAAUAACUGAUACAAAUAAAAUGGGUAGCAAGCAGCAAAGUCCGCAAUCUAUUCAGGCAGCCAUGGAACGAGAGAAACUAUAUACUUACAUCAUAGAAUUGUCAAAUCCAGAAACUCGACAGAAUGCUCUGUUGGAAUUGAGUAAGAAGCGCGAGAGUGUCCCAGAAUUAGCUCCUAUGCUUUGGCAUUCAUUUGGCACAGUUGCUUCUCUACUCCAGGAAAUCAUUAAUAUAUAUCCUGCGAUUAAUCCAGCAACACUUACAGCUCAUCAAAGUAAUAGAGUCUGUAAUGCUUUAGCAUUACUGCAAUGUUUUGCCAGUCAUCCGGACACUAGAUCUGCUUUUUUAUCGGCACAUAUUCCAUUAUUCUUGUACCCAUUUUUACAUACGGUUAAUAAAACAAGACCUUUUGAGUAUCUUCGGUUAACUAGUCUAGGAGUGAUAGGUGCAUUAGUAAAAACAGAUGAACAAGAAGUUGUUACAUUCCUGCUAACAACUGAAAUCAUUCCAUUAUGUUUACGUAUAAUGGAAAGUGGUUCAGAAUUGAGUAAGACUGUGGCAACUUUUAUUCUGCAAAAAAUACUACUGGAUGAUAGUGGUUUAUCUUAUAUCUGUCAGACUUAUGAUAGAUUCAGUCAUGUAGCUAUGAUUUUAGGAAAAAUGGUCCUGUCAUUAGCUAAAGAACCAUCAGCUCGUUUGUUAAAACAUGUAGUUAGAUGCUAUCUGAGGUUAUCAGAUAACCCUAGAGCAUUACUAGCUUUGAGGCAGUGUCUACCAGAUCAAUUAAGAGAUGGCACGUUUUCUUCUUGUUUGUCAGAAGAUGUAUCCACUGAACAUUGGUUGAGCCAGUUACUAAAGAAUUUAGAAACUGGUCCUCCCAAUCCAACAGUUUUACCAAUGAGCAAUCAGCAGGUUCAACAAGAUCCCAGAGCUAUGGGAAUGUCUCCACUUACAUCAUGAUUGUCCUAAUUAGGCUUUCUUGAAUCUUAGAAAUUGAUACUAUAUUGGGCAUCUAUUUCACUGUAGUAUAAGCAAAAUCCUAUUUAAGCCAAACAAAAGCAGAUUUUUAAAAAAAUGUCAAAUCCUAAGUACUGGUGAAUACUUCUAUCAAUUAAUUGAUCAAAGUUAAUGAUAUUAAACAUACUUGAUAAAUUAUGCAUCAAGAUUGAGAAAUAGCAAAAUGAACUCUAUUCUGAGUUUCCAGUUCGUAUCUAUUGAAUGUGAUGUGUACAUAAUGCAUAGUCAUGGAGUGAGCUAAUAUAAUAUUUCUUAAUUGUUUUGAUUUGUGAUAAUAAUAGUGUGUAAAUUAAUUUAUAAAUAGAACAUAUUAGAGUUAGAGACUUCAUGACGUACUAAAUUAGGUUGUAUACAAUUAGAAUAUCUAGUACAUAUACGUAUAUAUUUAUAAAACAUAUAUACAUAAAACAAUUACAAUGAUUACAAUUUGAAUGUUUAAUUUUAGUAUUUAUCGGCGUUUAAAAAUUGUAAAAAUUAGCCAGUGUAAGAGUGAAUAAGCGCAUGAUUGCAUGAGAAAUUGUACAAGCAAUGAGUAUGUAAUAGCAUGAAGAUAUGAAUUGAAAUGUUUGUAAGUUUGUAAAAUAAUAUAAAAAUUAGAAACGCUUCUUAACAUCAUGUAAAAUAGAAGAUACUGUAAACAAUUCAGCUACUAUGGGUUAAUGUUUAUUUCCAACAAAACUUACUUAUAGCACAAAUUUGAAAAUAAUAAAACCUUACUCUUUUUUUACAACA